AUGCCUUCUGAUGCUGGUAACGGACCUGCUAGCACCGUGUAUAAUUUGAAUUGUGAUGAAAUCGAUUGCGCUGAAAUAAUUAAGUACUUUAAGUUACAGGCUAGCGAUAAAGGAUAUUUGAUAGUAUUACCCGACAAGAGUAAUAAAGGCGAUAACACAUUGAAGACCAUGUAUGUUGAAGAUCAUCUUGUAGGCAAAAGUACAUUUGAAAUUCUAUCUGUAAACAUUCCUGCACCUACAGAAGACGGCCCCAAGUGCUGUUCAGAUAAUAGCUGUAGAAAGCGUUCAGCAAUAAAUCGCUUAGCUUACAAAAUUGACGACAAAAUAUAUUUUCUAGCUGGCGAAGAGGUAACUGCACCUCAAGGAAAUUGCUUCAAAAUAGACGGUCGAAGUUAUGUUAAUUUGGUAUUUGUGGACAAAGAUGAAUACGAUAAAAUUAUCAAGUUAAAGGGAUACAUUGCUUUGCAUGUCGUGAAAGCGAAUUCGGGCAAUAGGGACAUUAGAUUUCGCGCUGAACCAUUCUGCGAAAGUAAGGAAGCCAAAAACAAGUUCCUUAAUGCCACGCAACAUAAGCCAAUGAAUACAGCAUCGAAUAACGAGAACGGAGACUAUUCUGCUGUACAAGUGCAUGUUUAUCACACCAUUGACCAAGCCGAAUGUACAGAGCGCGACAGUUUACCAAAUAAUACUAAUUUUCGAAAAAUUUGUGUAGCUAAUAAAAAGGAAAAUAAGGAUCAUAGUCGCUCAACUCCAGCGAAUAAUUCAGAAAAUGAUACUCUUGAUUCCGAAGCAAAAGAUCCUCCAAACUCUUUCUCAUCAAAAGAAAUAGGUGUCAAAUGGAAUUUUCAGAAGGGCUUUUAUUACAAGGUUUUAGCAAUAGUAGAGCAUAAUGAAGUACUACAAGAAACUAGUCUAAAAUCUAAAAUCUAA